AUGGAUAUUCUCCCGUCCAAUAAGAUUUAUCGCGUGGAACCAAGAAAGGUUCCGAUUCAAAAGCCUGCUGCUGACUCACCGAUGCGGCUGAGCCCUUGGUUCCCUGGAGUUGACCUCGCUAAAAGGUGUAGCGGCGCCCGCCUGGGUGGCGUUGCCCUAGCGACCGCCCCGCCCACACGUGAUCGCUUAGCUGUUGGAGUGUUCCCAUCACUAGAUGAGGAUGAAGAAUUAGAAGGCCCAGAGCAGGAACCAAGUUCAAACCACACCAUGGAUUCAUCAAGCUGCGAGCCUGGUGAAACGCCUGCUCCCAAGUCUAUAUGUGAAUCCAUGGCAGCUAGUGAAGGAACCUCAAGCCCCCAGCCUCAAAUGCCUACUUCUAACAUGAGUGGUAUGAUUACAAUGAGUGUAGCAGAUUUGUUGGCCUUUUGCCAACAAAUGACAUGCCAGAAUGCUUCAAAUAUCAACAAUGAUACCUCUGUGAAUGAUUUCAAAUCUCAGAUCCAUGAAUAUCAAAAGAAUUAUAAGGGGUUGAACCUCUAG